AUGCCGGGGCCUGUGGUGGUUCCGGCCCUUGUCGUGGCCUCCUUGGUGCUCUCUGGACUGAGCUCUGAGCCGAACCUCUAUGAAAAAAAGAGGCAGAAAAGAGACGCUUAUGAUGAGCAGCCUCGUUUGUCCUCUGAGCAGGGUAACUUAGUGUUCCACACUGGCUCCAGCAAAAAUAUUGAAUUUAGAACUGGACCACUGGGGAAAAUAAAAAUUAAUGAAGAAGACCUUGCAGAGCUUUUUAGUCAGGUGAGGCAAAAUACUGUUGAUAUUCAAGAACUUAGGAAAGGCCUUGGUGCCUCUCAGAACACGUCAGAUCAGAUUGCCUUGCUGAAUUCCAAGGUAGUGAAUCUCAACAGCCAGCUUCAAACUUUAGAGCAGGCUAUCGGAAGGAAAGAGUGCAGCAGCAACCCCUGCCAGAACUCAGGGACCUGUGUCAACUUGCUGGAUGGCUUCCUUUGCCUCUGUCCCAGCAACUGGCAGGGCCUGCUCUGUUCCGUGGAUGUUAAUGAAUGCCAGAUUUAUGCUGGAACAGCGUUAGGCUGCCAGAAUGGAGCUACAUGUGUGAACACCCCAGGCAGCUAUAGCUGCUCCUGCACUCCAGAAACCUAUGGGCCUCACUGUGCCUCCAAAUUUGAUGACUGCCAGGGAGGAUCUGAGGCGCUCUGUGAACACGGCACCUGCAUAGACGGAGAGAGGGAUCAGCCUGGCGUGCCCAGCUACCGCUGCGCCUGUGACGAGGGCUGGACGUCGCCUCCCGGCCGCCGUGCCUGCAGCGCCGACGUGGACGAGUGCGGCCUCCCGCAYGGCCCCUGCUCGCAGAACCCGCCCGUGCGCUGCCUCAACACGCCCGGCUCCUACACGUGCGGGCCCUGCCCCGCAGGCUGGCAAGGAAAUGGCUACAGUUGCCAAGACAUUGAUGAGUGUGAAAAUAACAAUGGAGGCUGCUCAACAGCACCGAUGGUUCAAUGUAUCAACACAAUGGGAUCCUUCCACUGUGGGUUUUGUCCACCAGGUUAUGAGGGAGAUGGACGAACAUGUAUCCAGGUUGAUAUCUGCUCAAUAAGUAAUGGAGGCUGUCAUCCUUUGGCAACUUGUACCCCUGGUCCAGGGCUAAUGCCAUUUUGUUCCUGCACGCCUGGAUACACUGGGAGUGGAUAUGGGCCAAGCGGGUGCUCUCCUCUCAGUGAUAUCUGUCAGCUGCAAAACCCAUGUGCAAAUGGGCAGUGCUUGGCCACAAUCUCUGGGUAUUUGUGCGUGUGCAGCGGCGGCUGGACGGGCGCCAACUGCACGGAGAACAUCGACGAGUGCGCGAGCAACCCCUGCCAGAACGGGGGCACCUGCCGGGACGGCGUCGGCGGCUACUCGUGCGAGUGCCCCAGCGCCUGGACGGGGCCGCACUGCCAGCAGGCCCAGCACGCUUGUGGAGAAUACCUUUCGGGCUCCAGAGGAACCUUCAGCUACCCUAACAGCCCAGGCAGUCAGCGGUAUGAUGAUAGAGUCAGCUGUGCCUGGGUUAUUUACACUAAUCCUGACAAGAUUCUGCGUAUAACUUUCCCRUUCUUCCAACUGGAGGCAAGUAAUGACUGCAGCUCUGACUUCCUUCAAAUCCAUGAUGGGGGCUCAGCAUCAGCACACAUGCUGGGGAAGUACUGUGGCACCUCGCCUCCGGCAGAGCUCUUCAGUACCCACCGUUCCCUGUAUUUUUGGUUCUAUUCAGACCACAACAUUACAGCUGGAGGCUUCACUGUGCACUGGGAAUCUCGGGAUCCCGAAUGUGGUGGUGAACUGACAGGUACUUAUGGCUCAAUAAGUUCUCCAGGAUACCCGGGUCACUAUCCUGUUAACAGAGACUGUUUCUGGACCAUCUCAACCAGUCCUGGACUCCUCAUCACCUUUGCUUUUGGCACACUAAGCCUUGAACACCAUGAAAAUUGCAGCUAUGACUAUCUAGAGAUUCGAGAUGGUCUCCUUCCACAGGACCCAGUCCUCAGUAAAUACUGUAGCACUGUCUCUCCACCCCCACUCCAAACCACUGGUCCAUACGCAUGGAUUCACUUCCACUCUGGUGACUUAGUUACUGAUAAAGGCUUCUACAUUGUCUAUACAACAUCACCUGGAGAUACAAAUUGUGGAGGAAAUUACACAGGCAGUGAAGGGGUUAUCAUGUCCCCUUUCUGGCCUAACCCUUACAUUAAUAACCGACAAUGUAUCUACAUUAUCACACAACCAGAGGAUGAAAAAGUAUACCUCAACUUUACCCAUAUGGAGCUGGAGAGUCACACUGGUUGUUCAUCGAAUUAUAUUGAGGUUCGGGAUGGUGACAGUGAGAUGUCUCCUCUUAUUAAUAAAUUCUGUCAUAGUACGUUUAUGUCUCCAAUCACUUCUACCAGCAACAGUCUCUGGAUCAAGUUCAAGACUGAUGCUUCUGCACAAAGGGGUAGCUUCAGGGCCGUUUAUCAAGUUGCCUGUGGAGGCUCCCUGUCUGGGGCGGGGACCAUUCACUCCCCUUACUACCCCAGGACGUCCUCUUCCCUGAAAACCUGCGAGUGGAUCAUCUCCCAGCCAGAUGGCCAAGUGGUGAUUCUUAACUUCAUCGACUUUGACAUUCGAAAUACAACCACUUGUGACUCAGACUAUGUUGAGGUCAGAGAUGGCAACAACACAGACUCUCCUCUUCUGGAGAAAUACUGUGGUACAGCAGUACCAUCUCGAGUGCAGUCUUCACGGAACUAUCUCUAUGUCAAAUUCAGAGCUUCUUCCCUUACCAACCUUGGCUUCAGAGCUGAGUACUGGCCAUUAGAUGGAGCAUGUGGGGAGGCUCUCACUGCACCARAAGGAACUAUUACAAGCCCAGGUCAUCCAAUUGUCUACCCCCAUGGUAUUAACUGUACCUGGACUAUCAACAUUCAGCCUGGCUACCUUAUCCGCCUGACGUUCACUUCAUUUAACUUGGAGUUUGAUUAUAGUUGUAGAAAGGAUUAUCUUGAAAUCUAUGACAACAGCACCGUGCAAAAAUUGGGAAGGUACUGUGGCAGAUCAGUUCCACCAUCACUCACCAGCGGUGGCAACACGAUGACACUCUACUUUGUGACCGAUCACAGCACAGCCUCGGAGGGCUUCACAGCUAAUUACAUCUCCCUAGAUGCAUCAAAAGUGUGCUCACACCAGUACAGCAGUGAAACCGGCGUGCUGACGUCUCCAAACUAUCCCCACAACUACCCGGUCCGCACAGAGUGCGUGUACGGCCUCUCCGUGGGGAUGCACAGACAGAUCCUGCUGCGUUUCACCGACUUCGCCUUGGAGGGGAAUCAACGCUGCACGGAGGAUUACGUCGAAAUCAGAGAUGGAGGUUAUGAAACUUCCCCACUUCUUGGAAAAUACUGUGGUACAGAUCUGCCUCCUCUUAUAAUCUCUCAUGGUAACAAACUGUGGAUAAAGUUUGUAAGUGAUGUGUUUGGCACACGAAAGGGAUUUUCAGCACACUGGGAUGGUACAUCAGCAGGUUGUGGUGGGACUUUGACAACACCAUCUGGCAUCUUUAUGUCUCCCAACUACCCUAUGCCGUAUUAUCACAACUCGGAGUGCUACUGGUUGCUGAGGGGGAACCCAGGGACACCCUUGGAAAUCCAGUUUGAGCAGUUYCAUCUAGAGAAUCACACGAAGUGCAACUUCGAUUACCUUGCAGUGUUUGACGGUAACAGCAGCAGUGCCAAGCUGCUGGGUAAGUUCUGUGGCAAUCAGAUACCGCAGCCUAUCCGCUCCAGUGGCAACACCAUGUAUGUGAAACUAAGGACAGACAGCAGUUUGCAAGGUGGAGGGUUUCUUGCUAAAUACAAACAGGUUUGCCAUGAAGUGCUGACCGUUAAUCGUAGCCAUGGCAUCUUGGAAAGUUUAAAUUAUCCAAAUAAUUACGCGUUAAAUGAACGUUGCAACUGGACCAUCCAAAUGACCAUGGGGAACACGCUCAACUACAGCUUCACAGCCUUUGAUUUAGAAAGUGAAUCUGACUGUAACCAUGACUACCUGAAGCUCUACGAUGGGCCUGAUGCACAGUCCAACCUGAUAGGCACCUUCUGUGGGCAGACUCUUCCCCCGGCAGGGAGCACCACGGGAAGCAGCCUCCACGUGGUGUUUUCCUCUGACGGACUGAAUGCAAGAAGUGGGUUCCAAAUGCUAUGGCAUAUCCAUGGUUGUGGAGGGGAACUCGCUGGCCCGUCAGGAUCGUUUCACAGCCCUGGCUACCCCGGCAGCUACCCGAGCAGUAGGGAGUGCAUCUGGUACAUCCGCACGGCCCCUGGCAGCAGCAUUCAGCUCACCAUCCACGAAUUCGACAUCGAAUAUCACCCAGACUGCAACUACGAUGUUUUGGAGGUCUAUGGUGGGCCUGAUUUUCUCUCUCCUAGACUAGCCCAGCUGUGCAUCUCCAGGUCAGCACAGAACCCACUGCGAGUCUCCAGCACAGGCAAUGCAGUCGUCGUCCGUUUCAAGACAGAUGCAGCAGUGACUGGGAGAGGUUUCAAUGCUUCCUGGCAAGAAAAUCCGGGUGGCUGUGGUGGUAUUUUCCAAGCUACCAGUGGUGAAAUCCAUUCUCCAAACUAUCCUGAGCCCUACAGUAACAACACRGACUGUUCUUGGGUUAUCCAAGUUGACCAAAGCCACCGAGUCCUGCUGAACUUCACGGAUUUUGACAUGGAAAAUCACCUCUCAUGUAACUAUGACAGUGUUGCAGUCUACGACGGCCCCAGCCAGGAGGCGCCACUUGUGGGGCGGUUCUGUGGGUCGCAGCGCCCCGCUGCCAUCGUGGCCUCCCGGCACGUGGUGCAUGUCCGCAUGCGCUCCGACAGCUCCGUGCAGCACCGCGGCUUCCRCGCCCGCUUCGCUCAAGCAUGUGGAAGCUUCAUCGAGUCAGAUUCAGCUGGGGCAGCUAUUUCCUCUCCUCUGUAUCCUGCCAAAUACCCRAACAAUCAGAACUGCAGCUGGAUCAUUCAGGCUCAGGAACCAUUUAACCACGUUACCCUCUCAUUCACUGACUUCAAUGUUGAAAACAGSAGGCAAAACUGCACGACGGAUUUUGUAGAGAUUUUGGAUGGGAAUAACCACGAGGCUCCUCUUCGAGGCCGCUACUGUGGCUCCGCGCUGCCGCUGCCCGUCACUUCUUUUGGCAGUGCCUUGGUGGUGAACUUCAUCUCCAACAACAACGUCACCGCCGGGGGCUUCCAYGCCACCUAUGCUGCUUCGUCAUCGUCCUGUGGGGGUACUUUCCACAUGGAGCGAGGAGCUUUCAGCAGCCCCGGCUAUCCCGAUCCGUAUCCUCUGGACACCGAGUGCGUCUGGAAGAUUCUCAGCUCCCCUGGGAACCGGCUMCAGCUGUCCUUCAUAGCRUUUCAGGUGGAAGAGAGUGAUGGCUGCACCAAGGACUACCUGGAGAUCCGGGAAGGGAACGAAACGGGCGUGCUGGCAGGGCGGUUCUGUGGCAACUCCUUGCCUCUAAAUUACACAUCUACAGUGGGACAUGUCCUGUGGGUUAAGUUUGUCUCAGAUAGCUCCAUCACUGCUGGUGGCUUCACGGUCACAUUCUCUCACUUGUAUGGAAAUGACAUUGUGGGAAGCAGAGGACAAAUAGCUUCGCCGCAGUGGCCCAGGAGGUACCCUCACAAUUCCAACUACCAGUGGCGGAUAAGCGUAAACGCUUCGCAAGUUAUCCAGGGUCGUGUCUUGCAGAUGGAUAUCGAAAAUCAUUACAGAUGCAAUUAUGACAAGUUAAAGGUGUUCGACGGGCCCAGCGUUCAUUCCCGGCCCAUUGCGACCUACUGCGGCAGCGCCCCUGCCUCCUUCGCAGCCUCUGGCAGCUCCCUGACUCUCCAGUUCCAGUCGGACGCAUCCGUGAGCGGAAGGGGCUUCCUGCUGGAGUGGGCGGCAGUGGAGGGCUCUCCUGCGGCCCGCACCCUUGCUCCAGGUGCAUGCGGGGGGACUGUAACAACUGAACAAACACCUUCCUUCCUCUUCUCCCCGGGCUGGCCCAUGAAUUACAGAAACUUGGCUGAUUGUGUGUGGCUUAUCAGAGCUCCUGGAUCCACUGUAGAGCUCAAUAUCCUGGCCUUGGACAUUGAGUCUCACAGCUCAUGCAGCUAUGAUCAACUUGUUAUUCGAGAUGGAGACACUAGUAUUUCUCCAGUGCUGGCUACUCUGUGCGGGCGAGAACCUCCUGGGCCKAUAAGAUCAACAGGAGAGACCAUGUUCAUCCACUUCAUGUCAGAUGCAAGUGUCACUGGAGCUGGAUUUAAUGCCUCCUAUUACAAAAGCUGUGGAGGCUAUUUGCAUACAGGCAGGGGUGUGAUCACGUCUCCCAGUUACCCUCAAAACUAUGGUCCUAACCUGAAUUGCUCCUGGCACAUCCUGGUACCCUCUGGAUUUAUUAUUGCUGUCCAUUUUGAACAGCCUUUCCAGGUGAAGACGGAGGAUGCUUCCUGCACCCGUGGGGAUUAUGUAGAGCUGAAGAACGGAGCGGAUGCUGCUGCUCCCCCUUUGGGGCACGGGCGCUUCUGUGGAAGCAGCCCCGUCUCUACCAUGCACACCUCGGACAACCAGCUGCUUGUGCACUUCGUGUCUGACAGCAGCAACGAGGGGCAAGGAUUCAAGCUGAAAUAUGAGGCUAAGAGUCUAGCUUGUGGAGGGAAUAUUUAUAUCAGUGAAUUCAAUCCCAGUGGAUAUACCUCCUCCCCGAACUAUCCGAGCAAUUAUCCGCCGCAUGUUGACUGUGUCUGGACCAUAACUGCUCCUAACGGACAUGCGGUAGAGCUCCARUUUGAAGAUCAGUUUUACAUUGAACCUUCACCAAACUGUACAUCGAGUUACCUCGAGCUACGCAGCGGUGCUGACGCCGGCGCCCCCGUCCUUGCCAAGCUGUGCGGAGACUCGAGGCCAGGCCCGCAGAGAUCCUCAGGAGCCAGCAUGUACAUGAGGUUCAGGUCGGACAGCGGUGCCACGCAUGUGGGAUUCAAUGCCAAAUACUCCAUUGCAACCUGUGGUGGGACAGUGACCGGACAAACAGGCACCAUUGAAAGUGUGGGGUAUCCUGACCUUCCUUACGAGGAUAACCUGCGGUGUGAAUGGUUCCUGCAAGGACCCAGGGGCCACUAUCUUACCAUCAGAGUAGAAGGCCUAGAUAUCCAGAACUCCUCAGAGUGUGCAAAGGAUUUUGUGGAGAUCCGAGAGUACAACGCCUCUGGAAAUGUAUUGGGCAGGUACUGUGGUAAUACUCUCCCUGACGCUGUGGACACCUCUGACAGUUUUGCUUAUGUCAAGUUUGUCACUGAUGGAUCAGUCAAUGCCCGAGGAUUCAGACUGCGCUUUGAUUCCAGUGCUGAAGAGUGUGGUGGGGAUUUUAGUGCUCCCGUUGGAACAUUUACUUCACCCAACUAUCCUAACCUGUACCCGCAUAAUCGAGUGUGUGAAUGGAGGAUCACGGUGGAAGAAGGCCAACGUGUCACCCUAACUAUUAAUGAUAUGAAAACUGAGGAGCACUGGAGGUGCUCAUCAGAUUAUGUGGCUGUUUACAAUGGCCUCCGCCUGGAUUCCCCCCGUCUGGCAAAGCUCUGUGGUGAGACAAAUCCAGGCACUCAGGUGAAAUCUUCUGGAAACACCAUGAGAGUAGUUUUGGUGACAGAUGCAUCCGUUACAGCAAGAGGCUUCAGCAUCUCAUACACAUCUAAUGAAGAUGCAGUUUGUGGUGGAACCCUUGUUGGAUAUGCAGGGGGGAAUUUCUCUUCCCCUGGUUAUGAUGGUGUUAGGAAUUACACAAGUGACCUGAACUGUGAAUGGACCAUUGAGAACCCCUCCCACUACAAUUCAUCCACAUAUAUCUACUUUGAGGAUUUCCACUUGGAGCAUCACCAGGACUGCCAGUAUGACUACCUGGAAUUACGAAUAGGGGAUGCUGAUGGGGAGCUAAUAGCCAGACUCUGCGGCCAGGCCGCACCAUCGGUGCCACUAGCAAUAGCUGCCCCCCGCAUCUGGGUGCGCUUUGUCAGUGAUGACAACACAGAAGAUAAAGGAUUUUCAGCCCGUUACACAUUUGAAGCUUGUGGUGGGAUACAGUCAGGAGAGAGUGGGGUUAUCUCAAGUCCAAACUACCCAGAGCCUUAUAGCAACCUCAAUCGCUGCUCCUGGCUGCUGGAAGCUCCUGAAGGUCAAACCAUCACUCUGACUUUCACAGCCUUCCACCUUGAAAGUCACUUGCUCUGUAAGUGGGACUCGCUUACUAUCCUGAAUGGUGGCUCUCCCGGAUCUCCUGUCAUAGGACAAUAUUGUGGAAGUCAGUCACCUGGGACCAUUCAGUCUGGUUCUAAUAAACUGGUUGUGAUCUUCAACUCAGACCAUUCAGUCCAAGGAGGUGGCUUUUAUGCAACGUGGGUAGCAGAAUCUUUAGGCUGUGGUGGCAUCCUUCAUUCGGACAGCGGUGUGAUCAAGUCUCCSCACUGGCCUCAGAACUUUCCUCCAAACACAAGGUGCACGUGGACCAUCAUUACGCAUGAAAGCAAGCACUUGGAGAUGAACUUCCACAGGAACUUCCACAUCCCAGAUAGCAGUGGGAGCUGCCGCAGCAGUUACGUCAAGGUGUGGAGAGGAAGUGGUGAUGAAGAAGCAGCUUUGUUAGCCAGAGGAUGUGGAAGUUCAGCUCCUGACCCCGUUGUUGCUCCGAACAAUGUGAUAACGACAGUAUUUCAGUCUCAGGAUGCCCCUGGACAAGGUUUCUCUGCAUCUUUCAUGAGCAGAUGUGGAGUGAAUUUCACUGGCCCCACAGGCCGCAUUGUGUCUCCCAACUACCCGAGUCAGUAUGAUGACAACUUGAACUGCACCUACAUCAUUGAUCAGGGGCCAGAGGCACUGGUGGUCCUAGAGUUUGACACUUUCCACUUGGAAGCCCCGUCCCUCCUCGGCGGAGUCUGUCCCUAUGACGGCCUGAGCGUUUUCCGUGGGAGCCGCCGGACCGCGCGCCCCCUCGUCACCCUGUGCGGCGCCGAGCUGCCGGCCCCCGUCAGCGUGUUUGGGCCCGUGCUGCUCCACUUCUACAGCGACUCCCACCUGGCAGGCUUUGGAUUCCAGGCCAGAUACAGAGCAAUUGCGUGCGGUGGCAUUUUCAAUGGCUCCGUCGGCACUAUCAGCAGUCCAGCUCAUUCAGUUGUAGAUUAUCACAAUAACAUGAACUGCUCCUACCACCUCUCAGUCGGAAAUGACAAAGUCAUCGCUCUCAAGUUCAACAGCUUCCAGCUUGAGUUGUCUCCCUCGUGCUACAAGGAUUACGUGGCUGUAUAUGAUGGCACAAGCACCCAGGCUCCCCUCCUUGGGAAAUUCUGUGGGGCAGAACUGCCCCCAAAUAUCAAGAGCUCCAGCAAUAACUUGUUCCUGGUGUUUAAGACUGACUUCUCUGGAGCAGCGAGGGGAUGGAAAGCAUCUUUCAGGGAGACCCUAGGACCUCAGCAUGGCUGUGGUGGUUACCUGACAAAUUCAGCUUCUAGCUUUGGCUCGCCAGUCUCCAUGGGUGGAAGAUAUGAGAAAAAUCUGGAAUGUGUAUGGAUCAUAGUAGCACCAGAAAACAAGCUGAUCCACCUCAGCUUCACUUCAUUUGCCCUCGAAGGACGGUCUGCUCGAACGUGCCGAUAUGAUUAUGUCAAGCUAUAUGAUGGAGAUAAUGAAAAUGCCAAUUUGGUUGGCACGUACUGUGGACUUUCGGUGCCAGCUCCUUUUCUAUCUACCAGUAAUUUCUUGACUGUGAAAUUUAUCACAGAUAAUUCUGUGGAAAGAGAGGGUUUCAAUGCUACCUACACCACUGUGGAUCGACUAUGUGGAGGAACAUACAAUGCAACUUCUGCWUCCCUCACUGCAACAUCACCCAACUUCCCACAUGAAUAUCCGCCGUUUACCCACUGUGUGUGGAUCAUUGAUGCCCCUCCACAGCAGCAGGUCAGGUUGGUGGUGGAGACCUUCCACCUCCACUCCAACCAAGACUGUUCUCAGAACUACCUAGAGCUCCAAGCCUCACCCACGCACAGCCAAGGAUCAGCCCAUAGAUUCUGUGGCACUGAAACCUUUUCUGUCCCUGAGUUUUAUUCUUACGACCGGACUGCCAUUGUGACUUUCAAGUCAGAUGAAUAUAUGAGUAACAAUGGAGUUAGAUUUACCUAUCAAGCUGCAGGUUGCAGCAGAGAGUAUAACCAGUCAUUUGGUUAUCUGAAGAGCCCUGGCUGGCCUGGUCCUCACCCCAGUGAUAUGGACUGUUCUGUUGUUCUGCGAGCUCCACUGAAUCACACAAUUUCUCUCUUUUUCCAUGCUUUCAGUCUGCAGGACAGCAUCCAAUGCUCCCAAGACUUCUUAGAGGUGAGGAAUGGGAGUGAUGCGCGAUCACCACUGCUUGGCAGGUUCUGUGGAAAUACUGUGCCCAGUCCCAUCUUCCCCAGAAGCCACGUUGUCUACCUUCGUUUCAAGAGUGAUGCUUCAGUGGCUCGUGAUGGAUAUGAAAUUACGUGGACUUCGUCAUCAAGUGGGUGUGGGGGAACCCUGUACGGCAGCACGGGCUCCGUGGCGAGYCCCGGCUACCCUGCAACGUACCCCAACAACACGGACUGCGCCUGGACCCUCACGGUGCCCACGCGACGAAGYGUCACCGUGAGCUUCGACUUCGUCAGCAUCGACGACCCCGGCGACUGCAGCCGCAACUACCUCCUCCUGUACAGCGGGCCAGACGCCAGCUACCCGUCCGUCGGGCCGUUCUGCGGCACGGAUACUAACAUUGCACCUUUCACUGCUCCAUCCCACCAAAUCUAUAUAAAAUUCCACGCUGAGUAUGUGACUUUGCCAUCAGGAUUCCAGUUAAGUUGGACAAGCUAGAACACCAUUAAUGGAAAGUACAUUCCUGUUCCUUGCUGCACUGAAGAAACUGUACACAUCAAAUAACAUUUUGAAAUCUGAUUAUGAUCAUACAACCAAAGUAAGGCCUUUAAAAAUACUGUAAGUAC